GUGCCCAUCAAACAAACUAGCCUGUGGUCACUGACUACAGUCACGUAGGCUAUACUUUAUCAGUGUUUAAAUGCCGAUCGCAGUGCCAAUCGUUUGGACAAGUCGCAGAAUUUCUAUAAUUUGUUGGAUUAGAUCGCUUUUAACAGUUCAUCAUGGCUUUGAACAAACUUAGUAUUGAUGGAAUUGAUUUUGGAGGAAAACGGGUCAUAAUGAGGGUGGACUUCAAUGUUCCUCUUAAAGAUGGUCAAAUAACAAACAAUCAGAGGAUAGUUGCAGCCUUACCUAGCAUCAAGCAUGUGCUGGAUAACGGGGCCAAAUCUCUGGUUUUGAUGAGCCAUCUUGGUCGGCCUGAUGGAAGUAGAAAAGAGGCAUUCACCCUCAAACCAGUAGCUGAAGAACUGAAGAAGCUUCUGAGCAAGGAUAUUCAGUUCCUGUCUGACUGUGUUGGUUCUGAAGUGGAAGCAGCUUGUGCUGAUCCUGCCGUGGGAUCUGUUAUCCUCCUGGAAAAUCUGCGAUUUCAUGCGGAAGAGGAAGGAAGUGGCAAGGAUGCAACAGGGAAAAAGGUGAAGGCGAAAGAAGAGGAUGUUGCAGCAUUUCGUGCUUCUCUGUCCAAACUUGGUGAUGUUUACAUCAAUGAUGCAUUUGGGACUGCUCACAGGGCACACAGCUCUAUGGUAGGUGUUGCUCUUCCUCAAAAGGCUGCUGGGUUUCUCAUGAAGAAGGAACUUGCAUACUUUGCUAAGGCUUUGGAUAAUCCAGAGAGGCCCUUCCUAGCCAUUCUUGGAGGAGCCAAGGUGAAAGACAAGAUCAAGUUAAUCUCUAACAUGUUGGAUAAAGUGAAUGAGAUGAUCAUUGUUGGUGGGAUGGCUUUCACUUUCCUCAAAGUACUCAAUGGCAUGGAGAUUGGUGGUUCCUUGUUUGAUGAGGAUGGGUCUAAGAUUGUGGGGGAGCUGAUGCAGAAGGCAGAGAAGAAUGGAGUAACAAUGCACCUGCCUACUGACUUCAUCACAGCGGACAAGUUUGCAGAAGAUGCCCAGGUUGGAUCAGCUACUGUGCAAUCUGGAAUCCCAAAUGGAUGGAUGGGACUUGACUGUGGCGCUACCAGUGUAGCCAGCUUCCAAGCUGUAGUCAAUAAAGCUAAAGUCAUUGUGUGGAACGGACCUGUAGGAGUUUUUGAAUUUGACAACUUUGCCUCUGGUACUAAAGCUGUGAUGGACUCAGUAGUGCUGGCCACAGAAAAGGGAGCUACAACUAUCAUAGGCGGUGGUGAUACAGCAACUUGUGCAGCUAAAUGGGGCACAGAGGACAAAGUUAGCCAUGUCAGUACUGGGGGUGGAGCUAGUCUGGAACUAUUGGAGGGUAAGACACUCCCAGGAGUUGCAGCUUUGAGUGAUGCAUGACUGGAAGGACCGAUGUCUAAUCUCUGAUAACGAGGACAUUGAGAUCUUAGUGUGGAUGUAUCCCUGCAUGAACUGCAUGUAGUUGACUGUGAUUAGAUAGGAUAAGGUUUCCCUGGCCAAAUAUGGUACUGAUGUCAACCUUUAAAAAAAAUCCAAAUUCUGGAUCGUUUAACAGAGUGUAGUCUAGAGCUGAGCACAUGACUGAUAUUGUAUGCUUUUUGUCCAGUAAAAAGAGAAAAGAGGUUUGCAGGAUUGGAAAAUAGGACUCAUCACAAAAUUAAAACUGCCAAGAUGGAUAUAAAAUGUACAUCAUAAAAAAAUAUCCUGGAGAGCCUACUUCAUCCAUGCGUGUUAAUAAUUGUCACGUACAGUACAUCUUUAUCUGGGCCUUGCAUUACAGGAACAGGAUUUGUUAUUUCCUUGUUAGUCUUUCUACCUAUUUGAACUUUAAACCCAAAUGUACGGUCUUGAAGUGGAAUAACAGUGUUAAAUGUAUUGGCAUGACAUGAUAUCAACUGAUCAAUUUCAUCAUCAGAGUUUAGCAGUUGAAAACCUUAGCAUGUAUCGACCCAUUUAUUGCAUGGAAUUAACAAUUGUGAAAUGCAUAGGAAAGGUUUUGAAAGAAUGUUCAUCAUCUCAACAAUUUGUAUUGCCAUCUUGUUAUAAAUUAAUUAUGCAAACUUUUGAACACCAACACAAAUAUUUGCUUUUUUAAUAUAUUGAGUGGGCUGUAAUCACUCUUUAGAAUUAACCUUGCAAAAAGGUUAAAAAAUGCAAUCAAGCAAAACUCAUACCAAAAAUCGUAAAUGGUAAAAGGAAAUGAUACAAAAUCACUGAAAACAGUACUAGGCUUUAGCACAUGACAAAAUAACUAAAAGAAAUGAACAGAAAACAAUAUAAACAAAGCACAUGUAAUGUUUCAUAGUUUUUUAUUUUAUUUAUAUCCAAAGGUAAACUCAUGCAUAUGCAUACAAAACAAAAAUAAUUAAACGAUAUUAAAUAAAAAACUAUGACGAAUAAUUGAUUUAUAAGUACUAGGAUUUUGUCGAUGAUGAUUGCUUUUUAAGUAAUUGUUUUUGAUUUAAGUGUAUCUCAAAGAUACAGAUUGUUCAAUAAAACCUGCACAACUUUGAAAUA